AUGGGCUAUGAUGAGGAUACUUACACUGCCCACAAAAUCCAUCCCAAUGGGCGAUUUGUGGGUGACGUCGACUUGCCUGAAUCCAAGGAGCCUUUGCUCAUGGAGACAAAGCGACGCUUUGUACUCUUUCCCAUUCAAUAUCACGAUAUUUGGCGGAUGUAUAAACAAGCUCAAGCCUCUUUCUGGACGGCAGAAGAGAUUGACCUCUCUCAUGACAUGUGCGACUGGGAGAACAGACUUACAGACGACGAGCGACAUUUCAUCUCCCAUGUUCUUGCUUUCUUCGCAGGCUCCGACGGCAUUGUGAACGAGAAUCUGGUAGAGCGGUUCGCAGAUGAAGUUCAAGUCGCUGAGGCUCGUUGCUUCUACGGCUUCCAGAUAAUGAUGGAGAAUAUCCAUUCCGAGACCUACUCUCUUCUCAUAGACACCUACAUCAAGGAUCCGCAACGGCGCGAUUACCUUUUCGAUGCCAUAGAAACAAUACCGUGUAUAAAAAAGAAAGCGGACUGGGCUUUGCGGUGGAUCUCCGACCACAAAUCCACUUUUGCGGAGCGUCUCGUCGCCUUUGCGGCGGUCGAGGGCAUAUUCUUCUCUGGCUCCUUCGCCUCGAUUUUUUGGCUCAAGAAGCGUGGAUUAAUGCCCGGGUUGACGUUCUCCAAUGAACUGAUCAGCCGCGACGAGGGCAUGCACACUGAGUUUGCCUGCUUGCUGUAUCACAAUUUGAAUCGCCGGCCACAUCCCGCCGUCAUAUUGAAGAUCAUAACAGAGGCGGUCGAGAUCGAACAGGAGUUCCUAUCAGACGCCCUUCCCUGCGCGCUGAUUGGUAUGAAUGCGGAAUUGAUGUGCCAGUAUAUCGAGUUCGUUGCUGAUCGCCUGCUCGUAUCUCUCGGCCUCGAGAAACAUUAUCGCUCGACGAACCCCUUCGACUUCAUGGAUAUGAUCUCUCUACAGGGUAAGACCAACUUCUUCGAGAAGCGCGUCUCCGAUUAUGCCAGAGCGAACUUCCCGCGGUCGACAUCCACCGUAGACGUCUCUGCUGAGCCUAAUGCGAGCAGAGUAUUCACCGUGGACGAAGAUUUCUGA